AUGCAGAAAGAUGAAGAAGUGGGCAAAGUGGCACAGGCAACACCGAUUGUAAUCUCAAAGGCUUUAGAGCUGUUCCUAAGUAUGAUCAUCGAAGAGGCCAGCAAUGUCACGGUGGAGCGCGGUUCAAAGAAGGUGGAGGCGUACCAUCUGAAGCAUGCCGUCGAGACAACGGAGAUGCUCGACUUCCUCAAAGAAUUGGUCGAAUCAGUACCGGAUCCAUCCAAUGGUGGUACAAUCGACAUGGACGCACAGGCGCCGACGAAUGGCGAGGCCCCCGAAGGCAAGAAGCGGAGAACGAAGAGUAAGAAAGCUGCCGCUGACGGCGAUGCGCCGCCACCCAAGAGGCGCCGCAAGAAGAAGUCGGAACCUGUUAUGAAAGAGGAAGAAGACGGCGAAGAAGAGGAGAAUGGUGAGAAUAGAAUGGAAGAGGACGACGAGGACGAGUGA